AAAACUACCAGAUUAGACUAGUGACCCGAAUGAGCGCUUUAUUCUGGGGAUGAUGCCUCAAAAAUAAAAAGAAAAACUGCAAACUUUCUUUUGUCUGAUCUUACCGCCAACGUUCGAAUGCCAACAAAAUAUUUUCAUGAUCACCAUAAAUCCAGAUGUUUUCAUAACAUGGAAAAGUGUGUGCCUCUUUAAUAGGACCAACACUAUCUAUAUAUUUGAGGGGUGAAUAAAAUUGAAUAUUAUGAUAAUCUGGUUGCAUAAGUGUACACACCCUCAUAAAUGGGGAUUAGUGUGUGUUCAAAAUUACCCAAUCACAUUCAAACCUGUUAAAUUACCGGCUAACCAGUGAGAUAAGUGAUACACUAAUUAUUCAUAUUAAUUGAAUAUUUAUAGUUGUCAGCUUUUUUUUAUCUCUAACUAUAAAAAUGCAGUUGUUUUAACAGGCAGGAUCCAGAGAAAGAUGACUGAUGUGCUUCUCCUUACUUCUGUAAGUAGCCUCCUUCCAAAAAUGUAAGCAAUGCUGAAAUGAGACGGAAGCGAUGAACGAAUAACCCCUGAAGAGAACAGGUGAGGGUCUCCUGCAUGGAGUUGACAUGCUCCAAUGUCAUUAUCCUUGCACCCAUUGCUUUAUUAGGGCUUUCCCUGGCCUUAUCUGAUUCCCGCUCUCUCUCUGCUACAUUACUAUAUUUGUACGUGUUUUUCCAAACACUGGGCCAGUCGCUGCAGUGACGCCGAGAGCCACUUCUGCAUGUUUCCUCUCAGUUUACAUUCUUCGUACUAACAAGGGCCGGGGAAUGUCCUCCUUGGAUUCCCCGUGUCAUUUCUUUCAACCAUUAGAACAUUAUAAUCAGUGAUGGAGCCCAAGCCUCAACAAGAACACGGACCGAGGGCGAGCGUGACCAGCGAACAACUUGCUGCUAUAGAAGAUGAGGAUGUUCUCAACAAGAUGCUGGACAAUGCUUCAGAAUUUGAAGAGCGGCGACUCAUCCGUGCUGCGUUGAGGGACCUGCUGAAGAAGAAGCGAGACAAGCGUGAGCAAGAGCGAGGGUCCCGGCAGCGAGACUUAAAGCAGCAGGGAUUGAGCAAAGGCGGGACGCCGGGUGGGGGUGCAGCGAGAGCACCUGUCAACCAGCAGCCUGCAACAAACAGUCGACCAGCCUCCUCCAUGACAGCAGGCAGUAAAGUGAGUUUUGCUCAAGCCACCCAGAAAUGCGCCCCCUCUGCAGCACCCAAUGCGAAAAACGUCAAGCAGAUGCUUCUGGAUUGGUGCAAAGCCAAAACGGAACCAUAUGAGGGGGUGGACAUCCACAAUUUCUCCUCCAGCUGGAAGGACGGCAUAGCUUUCUGCGCUUUGGUGCACCGCUUCUUCCCAGACGCCUUUGAGUAUUCCACCCUGAACCCUAACAAGCCCAGAGACAACUUCCAACUGGCGUUCACCACCGCAGAGAGACUGGCCGGCUGCCCCCCACUGCUGGACCCCGAAGACUUGGUCCGGAUGAAGGAGCCCGACUGGAAGUGCAUUUACACGUACAUUCAAGAGUUCUAUCGCUGCCUAGUGGAAAAAGGCCUGGUCAAAACUAAAAAGCGGGCUUAG